UAGGAACACAAGGAAGAUACUGUCAGCCUUGUUUACCAACAGAAAGUUGCAGCUGGUCAGCUGCUGUUUUUCUGAGUUCGCAAGAAAAAGAAACAAAAAGUGACCCGUUUAUCUGUCUGGCUGGCUAUCUGCCAUUCCUUUUUCUGUAACGGCAGCAGUGGAGGCUGAGCGUAGCCCUGACGUGAGCGUGCGGGGGUGCAGUCCAUGCCCUGGGGCCUGAAUGCAAGGGCACGGAGCUGCGUGACCCGGGCGGCAAACCUAGGGGUGAGCCGGGUGGGCGGGGCGGAGGCAUGGCGGACGAGGCCGCGAAGCUGCCCCUGCGGCGUCUGGAGCCGCCCAUCAACAAGUUCAUCAAGGUGGCCAUUCCCACCGACCUGGAGAGGCUGCAGAAGCACCAGAUCAACAUCGAGAAGUUCCAGCGCUGCCGGCAGUGGGACCGGCUGCACCAGGAGCACAUCAACGCCAGCCGCACCGUGCAGCAACUGCGGGCGAACAUACGGGAGAUGGAGAAGCUGUGCGGGCGUGUGCGAAGCGAGGACGCAGCAGCCCUGGAGAAGCUGGUGCGGCCCACCAAAGAGCGCGCCUCCACCGCCGCCCACGACUUCCUGAGGCUGCACUCUGAGUCGGCCGCGCGGCUAGGGCCCCCGCCUCCCGCCGCCGAGGGCCCCCCCGCGGGCCCCGCCCUCUCCCGCUCCAUCUCCACGCCAGACGAUGUUGCGGGCGGUGAGGAGGGCGAGGGUUAUCACCUCGCUCAGACCCAGCUCCCUCUGCCCGAAAUCCCGCAUGACCAGAAUGCCGCAGAGUCCUGGGAGACCCUGGAGGAGGACCUGCUGGAACUGAACGGCCUGGUAAACGAGUUCUCGGAGCUGGUCCAUUCCCAACAGGCCAAGAUUGACAGCAUCGAGGACAACGUCAGCGCGGCGGCGGCCAACGUGGAGGAAGGAUCGCGGAGCCUGGGGAAGGCGGUGAAGUACAAGAUGGCAGUGCUGCCGGUGGCGGGGGCAGUGCUGGGCGGGGUGGUGGGCGGGCCCCUGGGGCUGCUGGCGGGGUUCAAGGUGGCGGGGGUGGUGGCGGCGGUGAGCGGGGGGCUGCUGGGAUACGCCGGCGGGAACGCCAUCCAGAAGAACCGGCGCGCCAGAGUGGACCUGCAGCUCCAGCAGCUCUCCGGCAGUGACCCUGAGCCCCCCCAACAGUGAACCCCGCUCCCCCUCCCACCCCCACCCCCUCCGAGAGUCGACCCAAAUCCUGACAACCAGCCGCCAGGGGAAGCCACGCCCCCGUCGCUUCCCCUAACAACCAAACAACAACUGAACUUCUCGAUUACCUCACAAGAGGAUGCAAUCCACUCCCUCGGCUGCUUUUGUGCGAGCUGGUAGAGUUUAUCUGGAUCGCCCUAAACGCCCAACGAGGCCGGGUUUGGGUCUGAGAAGGGUCUGAGAAUACAUUUCCUCAGUCUGGCCACUGUGCAGUGCGCUGGUUAGCCUACGGUCUCCAACUGUAGGGGACAGUAUAGACUUGAAGUUGCACGUGAGGCGUGAAUGCUGUAGCUGUGUUAGUUGAAAUGUUGGUGGCGACGGUGAAAAUGUACAGUAAUAUAUCAAAUCUUAGCCAAUAGACACUACUUAUGAAUGUGACGGUGACGGGGUGAAGGUACUUCAGAGAAAGGAGCUGUGAACACUGCUCUUCUUCAUUGUGUUGACCUGUGAUUCAUAAAUUCCUCUGAAUGACAAUCUGCUGACUUGCCUCUGCUGUAAUGGCAAAAAAAAGCACACAGGCUUGUUCUGUGAGGAAGUGAAGCCCAGGGAAAGUGCAGGGAUGUGAUGUGAGCUCAGAGGGACCAAUUGUUCAUUUCCCCUGUUAUUCAUUUUCAAGUGUUAAAAACGUUUCAGAUUUCAAACACUUACAUGUAUACAGAAUACGUACAGUUUUACAGUACAUAGUGCUGUUCAAAAGUUCAAACUUUUACUUCUUGCAGGAAAAAGUAAUGCCAGCCUGCAGUGACAUAUAUAGGUUAAAUGGAAAAUGAGGUAGUCUGUUGAUAGUGUUCUCAGUUAGACCUUGGGUGUCUGUUAGCAAGAUGAAGAAAAACAAGAGAUUGUGACAGUUGUUCCACCAUGUCUCUGGGCUCACAUGUCCUCAUAAAGACCAUACACACACCCACUCCUCCGCUGGGUUUCAGAGCACCUCACCAACAAGCUAGCUGAUCCCAGACCUGCCACUUUCUUCCCCUUGUUUUAAACUCGUUCCUUUCAACACGGUUUAUCACACAGUUGGAAGCUACAUUGAAGGCAAAGCAUAAAUGUUGGCAGGGCGAAGCUACCAUCUUUCUUCCGGCUGAUCUCUCUGGGCCAUUUGUGUAAUAAGCUAAAUUUGGGCGUGCUCGGGUCUUUGCUGAGGAGGGGUGGAGCAGCGGCCGCUGACACUGGAAUCCGGGGGCGGCCACAGACUGCCACAGACGUCAGAUUUCUGAAACUGGGGACAGAAGAGGUCUCACCAUAACAUUUAGUCUGGAGCGGAGAAUCGUCUCAGACAUCGAUAGCAGCCGCUUUUUAUAUUUUGCUCAGUUUAGCCGACUCGCAAAAUCCAUUCCCGCAUUGAUUCUGACUCGCACCAAAGCUUUAACUAUGGAAGAGAAGAAAAAAAAUGUUUUCUUUUUUUUUUUUGUUCUUUUGUUUACUGUGAAAAUCACGUUGCCUUGUUUACUUCUACCUGACUUCUAUUCUCUUAUUUUCACUUCACAUUUCUGCCAGAACUUCUGUGCUCUGGCACGAGUCUACUGUUUGAGGUUUGCAGCACCUUCAGAAAACUGUCCUGUCUGUUCACGCUGCCUCAGAUGUGGUGGGGAGCAUGACUUAGUUGCAUGACUACAACGAAUGGAUAUGUAAUAUUAGAAACGGUCUGCCAAAAUCAAGCUGGUCAGAAUCGGCCAAUCAAAGCUGGUCUCAGCAGUGAGAAACUCCAGGGCUUGUUGGGGUCAUGUGGUUAGCACUUCAUGCUUCCAGGCAGCCAUGGAAGUGCUGUUUCUGUGCCAAGCCAUACCAGUUUGUGUGGCGGGAAGCUACCGGUGAUCAAAAGUGUACUUCACUGUUCCUAUAGGGGCCACUGGAGAGCCAGGUUUCAUAGUAAUUGUUGUAUUACAGUGAUAUUUCUGUUAUUGAAUGUUAUUCCCUCACACUGAACCUGACUGCCCUUCAGUGGAAAAAAAAUACCAUUUUGUGCUUUAUUGCUUGUUUUACUCUUAUUUUUAA